AUGGUACUUCUGUUCAAAGUUUGUAAUAGAACUUAUAAAGAAGUGGUGAAGGAGGUAGACAGGAUGUUGUCUUUCGAAGUAGGAAACACCAAAAAGCAGCACAUUUCCAUGUGGUCAGAGUAUUAUCUACCAGAGGGCCACUAUCAACUGAGUACACAAAAUGCCUUAUUAAACGAUGUGCCAUCAGAUGACUGCCUCUGGUUGGUCCCACUUCAUAGCAACGAAGGAGCAGGCGUGGGCCGUGAGCUUGGGAUCCGCUCAUUGUCUCAUACAUACCAGUUGGAAGCAGCUACCGAAUAUAGCAUCAUAAUGUGGACACUGUGUUUCGCCCAGAUCUCUUCAGAUCUUGAGAAAGGAGAAUUUGGAGGUUUGGGUUCAGUUAGUGGAAAAAUUGAAAUAGAAAUCAAGAUCAACCAGGAAGGAGAAGUAGACAGGGUACACUAUAUUCCCCAGAACCCUUGUAUCAUUGUGACAAAGACUGCAUUCAGCGAUAUUCUUGGUUUUGACCAUACAAAACAUCCUUCCAUAGCAGACCCUUCUGGAGAGUGCAACCCAGACUUGCAUCUCCGUGGACAUCAGAAGGAAGGCUAUGGGCUCUUUUGGAACCCAAGUCUCAGUGGACACUUACUUAGUGCUUCAGAUGAACUUACCAUCUGCCUCUGGGACGUCAGUGCUGUUCCAAAAGAAGUUGUGGAUGCGAAGACCAUCUUUACAGGGCAUAGUAAUAGUGCAGUAGCAGAAGAUGUUUCUUGGCAUCUGCUCCAUGAGUCUCUGUUUGGGUCAGUUGCUCAUGAUCAGAAACUUACGAUCUGGGAUACUCGUUCAAACAGUACUUCUAAACCACGUCACUCAGUUGAUGCUCACGCUGCCGAAGUGAACUGCCUGUCUUUCAGUCCUUACAGUGACUGCAUUCUUGCCACAGGAUCAGCCAACAAGACUGUUGCCUUGUGGGAUCUAAGAAAUCUGAAACUUAAGUUGCAUUCCUUUGAAUCACAGGAUGAAAUAUUCCAAGGUCAGUGGUCGCCUCACAAUGGGACUAUUUUGGCUUCCAGUGGCACCGAUCUGAGACUGAAUGUCUGGGAUUUAAGUAAAAUUGGAGAGGAACAAUCCCCAGAAGAUGCAGAGGACAGGCCAGCAGAAUUGUUUAUUCAUGGCGGUCACGCUGCCAAGAUAUCUGAUUUCUCCUGGAAUCCUGAUGAACCUUGGGUGAUUUUUUCUGUAUCAGAAGACAAUAUCAUGCAGGUUUGGCAAAUGGCAGAGUACAUUUAUGAUGAUGCAGACCCUGAAGAAGUGGAUCCAGAAGGGCAAGCAUCAUAG